ACCUGUUCAGACAAACAUUCAAUCGUGCUCGAUUGACCUCACUAAUUCAUCCCUGUAACCAGCUACCACUUCAAUUUUCCCGCGCAAACGCCUUAAUAAUUAGAUCGAGUACGAUAAUCUGACGUUCUUGUGCUAACCAAAUUAUAAGGGGACGAUCAGCCUAAGUAGGAGUAGGCGAGUAGCUAUCAUCCGAGACAAUGGGGUUCGCGUACAGGAUCGCGAGCGCGUCGGAGUACCUGGCGAUCACCGGGUACGGCAUCGCCGACGUGAAGCUGGCGAAGAAGGCGUGGGUGGCGCCGGGGCAGCGGUGCACCCGCUUCGAUAUCUCCCCGGUGAACUACACCUUCGAGGUGCAGGCCAUGAGCGCCGAGAAGCUCCCCUUCAUCCUCCCGGCCGUCUUCACCAUCGGCCCCCGCGCCGACGACGACGACUGCCUCCUCCGCUACGCCAAGCUCAUCUCCCCGCACGACAAGCUCUCCCACCACGUCAACGAGCUCGUCAAGGGCGUCAUCGAGGGUGAGACCCGCGUGCUGGCCGCCUCCAUGACCAUGGAGGAGAUCUUCCAGGGCACCAAGUCCUUCAAGCAGGCCGUCUUCGAGAACGUCCAGCUGGAGCUCAACCAGUUCGGCCUCAUCAUCUACAACGCCAACGUCAAGCAGCUCGUCGACGUCGCCGGCCACGAGUACUUCUCCUACCUCGGCCAGAAGACGCAGCAGGAGGCGGUGAACCAGGCGAAGGUGGACGUCGCGGAGGCGCGGAUGAAGGGGGAGGUCGGCGCCAAGGAGAGGGACGGGAUGACGCGGCAGAACGCCGCCAAGGUGGACGCCGAGACGAAGGUGUACACGGUGAAGCGGCAGGGCGAGGGGGCGAAGGAGGAGGCGAGGGUGAAGGCGGAGGUGAAGGUGUUCGAGAACGAGAGGGAGGCGGAGGUGGCCGAAGCGAACGCUGACCUGGCGAUGAAGAAGGCCGGGUGGCAACGACAGGCGAUGGUGGCUGAAGUGGAGGCCGCCAAGGCGGUCGCCAUUCGUGAAGCCGAGCUGCAGGUGGAGGUGGAACGGACUAACGCCUCUAGGCAGACUGAGAAGCUCAAGGCCGAGCAUCUCAGCAAGGCUGUCGUCGACUACGAGAUGAAGGUGCAAGAAGCGAACUGGGAGCUGUACAACCGGCAGAAGGCGGCGGAGGCUCUGCUGUACGAGCAGGAGAAGCAGGCGGAGGCGCGGCGCGCGUCGGCGGACGCGGCCUUCUUCGCGCGGCAGCGCGAGGCCGAGGCGGAGCUCUACGCCAAGCAGAAGGAGGCCGAGGGCCUGGUGGCCAUGGGCGACGCCCAGAGCGCCUACCUCUCCGCCAUGCUCGGCGCGCUCGGCGGCAGCUACGCCGCGCUCCGGGACUACCUCAUGGUCAGCUCCGGCGUGUACCAGGAGAUGGCGCGCAUCAACGCCGACGCCAUCAGGGGGCUGGAGCCCAAGAUCAGCGUGUGGAGCAACGGCGCCGGCGCCGGCGGCGAGGUCGGCGAAGGCGGUGGCGCGAUGAAGGAGGUGGCCGGGGUGUACAAGAUGCUGCCGCCGCUGCUGACGACGGUGCACGAGCAGACCGGGAUGCUGCCGCCGGCGUGGAUGGGCACUCUGACUGGCGGCGCCCCCUCGUCGACCAGUUGACCUUGACGCGUUUUCGAUAUUUCCCGUACUAUGUGUCUAUGUGUAUAUUGCUGUGUAACUGUAUAUAUAUACUCCCUUCGUCUCAUAAAAACCGUGACACAUUCUAGUAAUAGUACUACGAAUUUGAACAUACAUCUGUCCAGAUUCGUUGUAUUAUGAUGUGUCAUAUCCAUUUGUUUUUUGUCAGAAGGAGGGAGUAUGCAUGCUGUGUGUGCCAUGUGUCCUCUUCAGUAUGCCUUGGAUAUGUAUGCUUGUAUUUCAUCAGAAGAACAAAUGUAUGUACUGAUUGUGUGAA